CCUGACCUACUGUAAGUGUCCAGAAGUCGCCGUCUGAAUCAAACAGUUUCUCCUAAGCACAACAUAUGUGCAGCGAAAUACGCCCAAAAUGACCUAAAUACCCUUGGACUUCGUUAUCAACGCGUGUGUCUUCGUUUCGCACGGAACCAGGGUGCACCGUGUUGUCGGCUUCUUGACCUUUUCGUCAAUCCCUCCAGCUUGGUGAGCUACAACUCUCCAGUCGCCAUCAUGCUCGCGGUCGUGGAAGCCGAGGCCCGAGCCGCCGAGCCAACCGCACCGCAUUCAACUCUCGGGGGAUCCGAUGUGACUGCUGCACCGGUUCCACGAAAGUUCAAAGCCUCCGACCUUCCCCUUCCCUCUGCGACCCGAACGGCGAUUGAGGGUCUCGCGCACGCCUUCAAAAAGAAGGGAGGCUACGACGCGAUCCGCAAACAGGUGUGGGAGAAGUUUGAAGCCAGUGACUAUGAAGCACAAGUCACCAAAGCCAUCCUCCAAGUCGCUGAGCAGGAAGUCGAGCGCAAUCCACGGCAACUUCUGACGCUAGAGCGUGGGAAGGCCGCAGCCCUUAUCGAUGGUGCUCUCGACCGCGGCGGCGUCUACCAGAAAGCCGAGGAGGUGAUAAGCGCGCUGAUCGACAGUCGCGCCAUCGAGACUAACAUUCGCGAAUUACGCCGCGCUGAAAUCGGCGACGAGGCUGCCGAAGAGGAAAGGGUGCGCGGCGCCAAGACAGACGAGGAGUACGCCGCUGAAACGGCUGCCCGCCGGGCUGAAAGGGAGCGCGUUCGGGCGGAGCUCAAGGCCGUGGAAGAGAAGAAACGACAACUCGAGCGGGAGAUCAAGGCCAAAGAAGAGCUUAAGAGGCGUGAGGCCGAGAGAGCUGCUAGGGAGGAGCGCAGGAAGCGAGAGCGGGAGGAAGAUGAGCUGAGAGAAAAAGAGCGACAAGAACGGCGGGAUCGACGCGAAAAAGAGAGGGAGCAGGAGAUGGAGCGGGAAAGGGAGCGGGAAAGGGAGCGGGAGAAGGGCCGUGAUCUGGAACGCGUAAAAGAAAAGAACAUGGACCAGAGCCGUGACAGAGAAAGGGACCGUGAUCGGGAUCGAGACCGCGACCGGGACCACGAUCGAUUCCGUGAGCGAGGCUAUGACAGCUACCGAGGCACUCCAAGAGAUCGCCCUCGACUGAAGGCCGCGCAGAAGAAGUCCAGAAGAAGCUAACCAAGGAGGACCAUGAACGUCUGGAGCAAGAAGCACUGGCCGAUCUCCUUCGGGAAAGCAAGCGAGUCAUCAAGAAGGCCCCUGAGCUCGAGGUCGAUGAAACGUUAGCUCCUCCUCCGAAGAAGGCAAAACCUGCUUCGGCCAUAGACCCCAUUCAGCGGCCGGUUCCAAAGGCAUCUGAGUCCAAGAAGCCGGCGGAAACCAAGGAGCUGAACCGAGAAAUCAAAGACG